AUUCAUGUAACGCAAUUUAGUCAUUUUUAACGUUAAAAGAUGUAACGUUUUCAGACUUUUUUUCCGUCAAAAUCGACUGAAAUUUCAGUGUAAACCAACUGUAUGAAUAUUGGGAACGAGAAAAUGUUAGAUUUUAAAUUAAAGAGAAAAGAAUUAUGUAUCAAUUAAUAGUGUUCACAAAAAUAGUAUAAAAUUCUAUGAUUUAAAUUGUUCAUGUUUUUGUUCAUGUAUUGAUCCAAAGAGAAUGAACUAAAUGGUGAGAGUAUAUUUUCAAAUUCAUUUCUUCUGAUUUUCAACGAUUACGUUUUAAAUUGUCCAGAGAUGGCAGGCAAAACUAAUGUAGUGAAUAUUCCCGCUAUUAGUGUUGGUUCAUUUUGAAGUUUGUUAUUGUAAACAAACCGCCGUUCACAAUUUCACCAUGUCAUGAAAUAUGAAUCUUUGCUUCGUUCGACUAAAUUCAUAUUGAACAGCCAGCAAAAGGGAAAAAGGUUUUGAUCCGUAGCCUGUGGAAGAAAUCUGCUGUCGAAAUAUCGUGAGCGUUUCGAUAUUUUAUCACGGUGUGCGGUGUUCGUGUCACAACCAAAUUCAGCUUGAUGUGUCAAACUGAUGCCGGUUGCACAUUCACAUUGAUCUGAACAUUUGGAAAGGGUUCAAUAAUGGGCAGAAAAAGGAUUGGGGCACAUGCCAUUCGUGGCAAUAGGUCGAAACCGCGGAAAGUUGAAGAUGGCAAGCAAAAGGAGGAGAAAGCAUACUUUGCAAUCAAGUUGGCCGCCACUAGUAUUGUUCGACCGGAAUAUCGUGAUCGUAUUCUGCCAUGGAUCACAAAAACCAGCAUAAAAUGCACCGAAAUAUCUGAAUUGGCGUCGCUUCUAUUCCUCAACAAAGUCAGAGCUGCCACUGAACAGGCCAUCAUCACCGGCAAUUGGGAAUAUUUCGACGAUGGCGAUGGAAUGCACAUCAUCGAAAAUUGCUUCUAUGCUGUGUUGCGGCGCUACAAGGAAGACGAUUUCAUUAUGGAUCCAUGGUUCCGGCAUUGCUUUGAGAAUGUGGACAUCGAGAAUCGCUCCGCAUGGCCAAACAAUGAUUACUUCGGCAACUUGAUGAAAUAUUUGUUCCAACAAUAUGGCCGUAAUGUGAAGACGAAUUUGGAUACACAUGCACAGAAACGAUUGCGGUAUUUCUUGAGAUUGAAGGCAUUCAGACAGAACUACACUAACCGGAUUCGUGGCCUACCGGACACAUACGAUGAACGAGAUGUGGCAAAUGCAGUGUCAUGGGCAAUCAAACGAUAUGACGCAACAAGAGGUGAUGCUAAUCGCUUGGCCAAACGAGAUCGAUUGUUGCGUUACGUUCGAGACAUUCGUGGACCAGCUGACGAUGAUAUCGCCAAAUUCACCAAAGACGAAGAUACAUGGUUUUCAUCAUUGCCAAUGUGGUUGAUCAUGCAAUCGGAAAUCGAAACGCACCUCAACUGGGUUGAACAACACCACGACAACAUCGUGCAAGUCAUUGCGUUGCCAAACAUCAAGAAUUUGGUGGUCAUCCCAAUCUGUCAUCACACGCGAAAGGCAGUGAGAAUAGACGCUGAUGUUUUGUAUCGUAUGAUGUGCGAAACCGGUACCAUUCCGCGUGAUGAAUAUGGUCGGCAACAUACAGUGGGCCACGUCACGUCAAAAUCAAAUCAAGCGUAUUAUUUCAAUAUGAUUUUUAACAUGGAGAAAAUCAAUCGAGUGUUGAAAGCAAACAAAAAAUUCGAACAUAUUCUCAGCGAUGGUGUAUCGGCAUCGAUUCUGUACUCAGUGAAGAAAACCGUAGUCGACAAGUUAGUGGAAGAUGGUUUGGUGCGUAAACGGUACUCGGAUGGCUUCUAUGUCUAUGAAUUGGGCAUUGAUUGGGGCAUGAAGACGUGGAAUGCAACCGUUAGGCGACGGAUUAAUAAUGACAAAGAGCGAAUUCAUAAUGGCAAAGAGAUGAACUUCACAAUCAACAGCAAGAAGUAUCAUUAUGGGACCGAAGAAGGAGUGCGUAAAGAAAAGAGAGAGCGAUGGACUCGUGCCUUUGGGCAGUUCGAAGAGAGUGAUCGAAACAACCGAGCGCGAUAUGACCGAAUGCCAUCACCAAAAGGAAGCAAUUGGCGUGACUACAUACGGCAUCGAUUGACCAUCAUGAAGAAAGCCAUUGCAGUGUACACAACCAAAAAGUACACACGUUUAAGUUUUGAUCAUUACAUCGAGUCCAAUCGAAUCAGUGACAAGGUGGCCGCAAUGCUGACAAAUCGCAAACGAUGCAUCAUUAACAUUGGAGCUUCCCAACCAGCUGCAAAUUCACCAAUACAGAUCAAGAAACACGUUCGAUGCCCGGGCGUGCGGAAAUUGGUGAAGAGUUUCAAGAAAAUGGAAGGCAAUGUCAUACGAUUUGUGAACGAAGCCAGAUCAUCACGAUUGUGUGCCAGAUGUUUCGAACCGUUUCCAUUGAGUACAUUGAACGAUCGUGUCAAGGUGUGUGAAUGGUGUAUGCCCGAUCAAGAUGAUUGGCCUGAUGGAAUGAAGCUACCAGAGAAAAUUGUAGCGGCAAAGAGCAAGCGGAAGUUACGAUCAGAGCGACGAGCGAUGCGACAAGCAGCAGUGCAGAAUCCAAAUCAACCCCGUGGUUUUGUGUCUAAGGUGAUUUGCUACCGUAAAAACUGGCAACAAAACGCGGCAAACGGUAUGGAUGACAAUGUUGAAGAGCGCAGAGGUGUAAUCAUUCACGACGCUGAACUCGGUAUCAUCGAGUACACAGAUGAAUAUGUGCCCGAAGACCCUGUUGACGACUCUCCAGUACUGAAGACAGUUUGGCAACGUGACAUUUCGGCUGCAAAAUUGAUCUUGUACAGAGGGCAUUGCGAACUCUUUGGACAUCGGCUGCAUGAUGCGUUCACACGUCAACACCUCGUGUAUCCAACUCGAUUCCGAGUCAACUUCAACAUUCAUUAAUAUCAAUGGAGCCGCAAUUUAUGUUUUAUUUUUCAAAAGAAUUUAUGUAACAGUAUGUUAUUUGUAGUUGGUUGAGGUCUUAGUCUCCCAGACAUCAUCGAUACCAGAUAUCGAUGGCUAUCUAUAUUCUAUAGUCUAUAUAGAUGUAGGUAGAGUACAGGAUAAUUCCUGUAGCCCAUGAAUUCGAAUGAACACAGUGUAAAACACAAAAUUGGUUUUGUUGUUUUUUUUAUCAGCUAUAUUAAGAUUAUUUACCUUUAUAUAUAUAUAUAUAUACAUUGAAACAAAAACAGAUUUCUUGCUCAAUUUGAAAUUA